AUGCUGAGUCGAGGGACGGUGCACCUUGUUGCUCCUGCCAUCAUCAACCUACAACCAUCCCUUACCAACGACAGCAUGGUUGCACGCCGAAGCCCAAAAGGGCGUCGGAACGGCGGCGGUGCAGACGCCUCUGGAUCGCUCAGCCGUUCCGCCGGCUUUGACGACAUACCCAAAGAUGAUGAGGAUCUCUUCGAAGCUAGCCGCGAUCAGAUUCUAUUGGAUGGCUACGAACGUGCCGCCAUAGACUCGGAGGACGACAUGGACGUUGGCCUCAACAAUCGUGAGGUUCUAGGUAUUGAUGACGCUCACUCGGAUGAGGAGGCGGACUCGGAUCUGGACGAUGAGCAAGACGAGGAGGCAUACGAUGACGACCAAGGCUACUCGGCUCGACAAGCUCGAAAGGCGAAGAAGCCGGACAUCGUGGUCUCGUCUGAUGACGAUGACGACCUGGACGACGAAGAGGAUGACGAAGAAGAGGACGGAGAAGAAGGCCGAGAACUGCACGAGAACGAUCGUGGCUGGGGUACCAACAAACGAGCCUACUACAACACCAACGACCUCGAUGCCAUGGACUCCGACUCGGAGAUCGACGAGGACCAAGCGCGUGAGCUCGAACUCAAGGAAGUCAAGCGUUUGCAAAAGAAAAGCCGCAGUGUUAUGGACGACGCCGACUUUGGCCUCGGAGGCGAUGACGGGGACAGCCAGCUCGCCAGGUCUGCCAAGGAUGCAUCACGAGAGCAGCGAAGGCGAGACCUGGAUGGCGAUGACCACGGCGCCUUGGCCCCUCAGAUCACUUCGAACGGCGUUGCAUCGACAAACGGCGUAGCUGCAGGGCCAGCAGACGAAUCAUCUCGCAGAGCACUUCUGGCCAAGCUGCAGCAAACAAGCCCUGAAGCUGUGGCCCUUGCGGGAGAGUAUGCCGACAUGCUCGAAGAGUUUGGGCGGGUGGAUCAACUACUCAACAAGAUGAUGGCAGAGCAGCCCAAUCACGCCAGCCUCGAAGUGAUGCAUGUUCACUAUCAGACGUUGGCCACGUACAUCACCACCAUGACCUUCUACUUUCACCUUCGAGCCUCUCCCGAGUUCGCUGCCGAGCCCACCAAAUUGCGAACACACCCUGUCAUGCAGCGCAUGAUGCGUCUCAAGCAAGGGCUCAGCGUCAUGGAGGAUCUCGGACUCACUUUCGAACCGAACCGCAUGCCCUCCACCAAUGGCGAACUGUCACCAGACGAUAUUGACGAGAUGCAGAUGCUCAGCCAAGGCAGCGGAGGCAGCGAGGAUGACGACCUUGGCGAUCUGGAUGACGACGAGUUGGCAGAUCUCAUGGCAGACGCCGAUGGCAGCAGCGGCAAGGAGAACGCUGCACCCGUCAAAGCCAAAAGGAGCGCAAAGCAGAAGAGGCGCAGCGAUGAUGAGGACGUGGAGAAUGAAGAUUACACGGAGGACGCACAGCCUAAACAGAGGAAGAAGGCGACCAAGAAGGAAGCAGGCAAGAAGAAGGUCAAGAAGCCGGAGCCUGUCGCUCCCUUGGCAGCCGGCCUUGCCGAUCUGGACGAUGAGCCUGCACUGCAGGUCAAACUCAAGAAGAAGGGCAGCGCCGGCGGUUCCGCUGCCAAGAAUCCAUUCGCGGUGUCUGCCGAUGCCACCAACUUUGACGAUGCGACGUUCGGCGAGCUGUCGGAGCUCUCUUCGAUCGAAUCGGCCGAGCGCGCAGCCAGGAAGCGAUCGUUGCAAUUCCACGCCUCUGCCAUCGAGAGUAAGGCGCUGCAGCGCGCCAAGGCGGCCAAGGAACGCCAAUCUGGCGACGCCGACAUCCCCUACCGUGAUCGAGAGCGAAGCCGAGCAGGUGUCGAGGCGACCAAAGCGGCGCGAGAGGCGAAACUGCAGCAGCAGCUCAACGGUGGUAUGGGCAAGGACAUCGCGUUGGAUGGCCAAGACGGCUGGGGGGAUGCCGACGAAAAGGAUUGGCGCGAUGUUAUGGGUCAACCCAUGGAGUCAUCCUCCCGUUCGCAUCGCUCUGGUGGCGACGAUGACGACAACGACGACGAUGACGAUGCGGCCGAUUACUACGAUCUGGUGGCAUCCUCUCGCAAACGGGCUCGCGCCGAAGCCAAGGCGGAAUACGACGAGGCACGCAACGCCGAGCGCUUUGCGCUCAUGGAAGAUCAAGAGCUGGAGGAUGGAGAGCACCGUGGCAUCACACGACAGAUUGAGAAGAACAAGGGUCUCACACCGCACCGUCCCAAGACAUCGCGCAAUCCACGAGUCAAGAAGCGUCUCAAGUACGAAAAGGCCAAGAAGAAGCUCGGCUCACGCCAGGCUGUGUACAAGGGAGGACAGUCGAACCUGCAAGGUGGAUACGGAGGAGAAGCGUCUGGUAUCUCGACGCAUCUGGUCAAGUCGAGGAAGCUUGGUUGA